UUUUCGCUGUUUGUUAGUGGGUGUGCUUAAUUUAAGUUGUACAGGAAGGACUCGCAAUAGUACAACAAUCUGAGUGGUCACGAGGAUCGAAGAUGAUUCACAAAUUUUAACAAAAGGCACAGUGAAAGUGAUAAUAGGAUGGUGACCCAGAUAUACUGUCGAGGUAAAACAAUAGCUGGAUAAAAAAAGUACCCAGGCGGAGAAAAAAAACCAUCACCUGACUGACUGACAGCUUGCAACGGGACAGCAGGACAUUAACCUCGUAAUAAUGACUAAAAACUCCGUGAGAGACUAUAAACACACAGAGAUAUAACCAGUAUUGGCUAAAUGUUAUCCGUAAAGGCUGUGCUGAGGAAUUAAAGGAGGUCAAGGACAUGUUUGAGAAUUUUAGAGAGAAGUUGCAAACGGUGCAGCAGGAUUUCACAACAGGAAUUAAGACCCUGAGUGACAAAUCCAAGGAGGCUAAAGUAAAGAAAAAGCAAAGAAGAGAUGAACACCUUCCCCAAUAUUCUGCUGGAGUGGAGCUACUCAGUCGGUAUGAAGACACUUGGGUCACUCUUCAUAAAGGAGCUAAAGAAUGCGCUAAAGCCGGGGAGACUGUGGAUGGGGAGAUAGUGAUGCUGUGUGCGCACUGGGAAAGGAGACAAGCAGCUGUGCUGGAGCUGCAGGAACAACUACAGCAGAUCCCUGCUUUCCUGUCCGACCUGGAGACUAUCACCUCACGUGUUGCUCACCUGGAGGCUGACUUUGAGGAGAUGGAGGCUCGUCUGACCUACCUGGAGGAUUUGUGUGCUCAGUGUGACCAUCAGCGCUACAAGCACUUCCAGAUCCUACAGCUGGAAAACUAUAAGAUGAAGAAAAGGAAAGAACUUGAGGCUUUUAAAGCGGAGCUCGAUGCAGAACAUACCCAGAAAGUGUUGGAGUUGGAGCAUGCGCAGCAGGUCAAGCUAAAGGAGCGUCAGAAGUACUUUGAAGAGGCAUUUCAGCAGGACAUGGAGCAGUACCUGUCUACAGGAUACCUACAGAUCACCGACCGGAGAGAUCCAUUAGGCAGUAUGUCCUCGAUGGAGGUGAAUGUUGACCUGCUGGAACAAAUGGAUCUCACGGACGUAUCUGACCACGAAGCCCUGGAUGUCUUUCUCGGCUCUGUCGGAGAAGAGAGCAGCGCUCCGUCUCCUGACACAGCAGGUGACCCAGCUUUGGAAACUGGCUCAUCCCCAUCAGAGAUCACCCUGAAGGUGCCCUCUCAGACAGAGCUACGACAGACAGUCUCCUCCAUCUCCUCGUGCACCGACAGUGCCAGUGGCAUCACUGAGGGUCCGGAUGAUGAAGAGGAUGUCAGCGAGGAAAGCUGCGCUGGAGAUUCCCCACUGGUGCAGUCAGAUGAGGAGGAGGUCCAUGCCGACACGGUCCUCAUGAGCCUCCCCGAAGCAGAAGAGCCACUCAAGAGCUCAGACGACAGUGACACGCAGGCCCCCUAGUGGAUGUGUUGGAGAACUACACUCGAGUCAAAUUGGUUUCUUUAGAUGAAACCAUUUUACAUCAGGGCCCAGACUGGUAUAACGUGAGGAAGACUAGCCAUAAACUGAUAAUUUCUUCAUGGCGUAGUAGCGUGGCACUUUGACAAGAUUUCGGAGCCGUGUAGUAUGAUGUUUGUGCUCCGCUUUGAGAGCAGCUCUUUCUGACUGGUAGCACUGUGAUUUCAGUUUCAUUCUUUCAGACAAAAAAUCUGUACAAUGUAUGAUACGAUUCUUCCGAUUCUACUGCUUCAGACAUAUCUCUAAAGUCAAAUAUUUUACAGUGUUCCUGCUAAUAUCACAAAUACAUGUUGCAUGAGUUUGUAAUGCAGUUCCUUUUGCAUAAGACAUACUGAAAUAAAGAUACCUUGACAUAG